CUGAGCCCCGUGUCUCUGGCCCGCAGCCUCUCCCGUCUGAGGGAGUUCAGGACGCGGACUCGGAUCAUGCUCUCUCUCGGCGUCGCUCAGAUGGUCCUGGGCAGCCUCAUACUGGCCGUGAGCUUCGCCGCCUUAGCCCUCACUACCUCCCCCAGAGUCCGGCACUCCUGCCCCUUCUGGGCUGGCUUCUCGGUGCUGCUGUCAGGUCUGAUUGGAGUAGUGUCAUGGAAAAGACCCCUCUCUUUGGUGAUCACCUUCUUCAUGUUGCUGUCGGCGGUCUGCGUCAUGUUGAACCUGGCUGGUGCCAUCCUCUCCUGUCAGAAUGCCCAGCUGGUCAACUCUCUGGAGGACUGUCAACUGAUAAAGUUCGACAGUGAUGGCGUGUGUGUUUGCUGCGAGCUUCAGCACCAGAGCUCCAGCUGCAACAACCUGGGAGAGACGCUCAAGCUGAACCCACUGAGGGACUGCAACACCAUCCGCCUGCGUUUGAAGGAGCUGUUGUUUAGUGUGUGUGCGUUGAAUGUCAUCUCCACCAUUGUGUGCGCUCUUGCUACAGCCAUGUGCUGCAUGCAGAUGGUCUCCACUGAUAUACUGCAGAUGUUCAUGCCGCACAGAGCGCGGGCCCUGAGCGCUGACUGCAUGACUCCUCAUGGCACCAUCCUUCACCAGACGCUGGACUUCGACGAGUUCAUCCCACCCAUCCCCCCGCCCCCAUACUACCCCCCAGAGUACACCUGCACCCCGGUGUUGGAGGGCCAGAGAGGCCUGCAUCUAGACUUCCCUCACUCUCCCUUCAGUGCCAUAUAUGGUGUGCCUAUCAACAGCCCAGGAACCUUGUACCCGUCAGAACUACCACCACCAUAUGAGUCGGUGGUGGGCCAGACCCCUGCCAGCCAGGUCACCACCAGUUUGGAGCAGCAGGCCACAGAGUCCAGCAUAUGUGAGAGGAACACUACAGCAGGCCUCAGCACUCAGGCAUCAGUGGACAGUGCUUCUCUAAUGGUGUCCGAGCUGGCAGAUAUUCCUGACCGCAGCUGUUCCUCAGAGGACCUGUGUUCUCUGGAGGUGCAGGGCUCGGACUCCUCUCCAUAUGGGACACUCCAUACGGCUCCCACUGACGGCAGCUGCACCAGCCUGGAGCACAGUGUGCGCUCUUCCAUGCGCCGGGAGGCCCGCUCUCCUGCCUGCCUCGACCGCAGCGAGUCCUCCAUCGUCCAGGACUCUGCCGCUCGAUCACGAGAAACCAUGAAUGCCCUGGAGAGAGACGAUACUCCAACCUCCAGAGAUCGGGCGAGUACCAAGUUAACUCUUCCUGUUCCCCCAGCCUCUGAACCCCAGCCAUGUGCCUCCAGCUCUGGAGCUGUAGCAUCUGCAGCUGCAGCAUCUGCCCCGAGCCCCCUUGCCUGCCCCUCUCCAUCCCCCUCCGGCCGGCCGAAAGGCGCUCGGCUUUGCUUCAGUGUCUGGACCCCUCAGCCCUCCUCUACCUCAGCUCACGGCAGCUCCACAGCCUCUGAGCGUCCUCGCACGCUCCGAGCAAGACGAUACCGCAAGCUGGCAAGGAUCGUGCGCUCCACCAGUGAUCCCGUCUCCUGUAACUCCAUAACUAGAAGUGAGAGCUGUGGCUGUACAUCUGUGGGCAACCAACCACAGCAGGAGUCCCCACAGACCCCUUCAGAUCAAGCCUGCAUGGAGCUUUCAGGCGGCACAGUGUCCCAGUGUGCCAAACCCAGCGGCCGCGGGGCUAAGAAGCAGAAGGAUGGUGGGAAGGUGGACCUGCGUCUCAAAGCAUUGCACCCGACCUCCACAGAGCGGCCUCACUCGCUAGCAGACCUCAAGACCUACAAAGACACCAAGAUACUAGUGGCCAGAUUUCUGGAGCACUCCAGCUGCAGCCUCCCCCCAGAGGUACAGCAAGUGGUCAACAGCAUCAAAUAUGUCAUCAAAUCGGACGAGAAGCACAUGGAGGAGGCCAUAUUUAGUGCCAGCAUACUAGAUCAGGUGAUGUCACAGUCACGACGAAUCUUGAGUAGCCCCAGAAAGCACGCUCACGAAGACCUGCACCUGCAGAGCUGUGGGGCGUUAAGCUCCCCGUCCCCAUCCCUGCGCCGUCCGCAGCAUCGAGUAACCGGCCAGUCAGCUCCAGCCGCGAGCCCGGGUCACCAGGCCCCUUACCGGCCCCAAAGCCUCGUCAGUGUGUGCAGAGAAACGAUCCUCUGACCCCAGUCUUGCUCCAUCGACCCAGACCCCUCAUGCCCCUGUACUUCUCGUGCCAAUCUCGUGCCAAGGCCAAGUCCUAGUUUUCAUCAGCAGAAA